AUGUAUUGCUGGGGAUCUGGUAGAAUAGGACAUGGUUCUCCAUUGUCAGAUAUUAAAACACCAAAACCUUUAUAUUUUAAUAUUUCAAAUAGUGAACAAGUAAACAUAUUUUCAGAAGAAGAAGAAACCGAAGUAAAAGGUGAAAAAGAUAUAGAAUUUAUUGAUUUUUGUGCUGGCAGAGCUCAUUCAUUAGCAAUUGAUAAUAAAAAUAGAUGUUGGGUAUUUGGUGAAAAUAGUUCUGCUGAAUUUGGUAAUAAUUCAUUAGUGUAUAGUAAAGUACCAAUAUUAAAUAAACAAUUUGAGAAUGAAAAGAUAGUAUCAGUAUCAUGUUGGAAUCAGUCAUAUGCAAUUACAGAUCAAGGUAAAGUUUGGGAAUGGGGUAAAAGUAUUGAUACAUUAAUACCAAGAUUAUUAAAAUUUCAAUAUCCAAUUAAAGCAAUCGAUUGUUCAUUAAAUAAUUCAAUUGGAGUAUCACAUAAUGGUAUUGCAUUCAUAGGUUUUAAUUUUAAUAAUGAACCUAAACCAGUAGAUUACUUUAUUGAAAAUAAUAUUGAAAUUCAAUCUGUAGCAUGUGGUGUAAAUCAUUAUUUAUACUUAACAAACAGAGGUGAAGUUUAUUCAAAUGGUGGAGGUAUUUCAACUGGUCAUUAUGAUGAAUUUUAUAAUAAUAAUAAUAAUAAUAAUAAUAAUAAUAAUAAUAAUAAUAAUAAUAAUAAUAAUAAUAAUAAUAAUAAUAAUAAUGAAAUUAAAGAAAAAGUAGUAGAAAAAGUAGUAGAAGAAGAAGAAGGGGAAGAACAAUUUAAUAUUAUUAUACCAAAGAAAUUAAAACAAUUAAGAAAUAUAAUUGAAAUAUCAUCAGGAUAUUAUAAUUCAUUAGCAUUAGAUGGUUAUCAAAAUCAAGUUUAUGGUUGGGGUGAAAAUUUAAAUGGUCAAUUAGGUAUUGAAGGUAUUGAUUAUUCAACUGAACCAAUAUUAAUUGAAUUACCAUUGGUAGAGAUUAAACAUAUAUCAUCAGGUGCUUAUCAUAGUGCAUUUGUAACAAAUAAUGGUGAAUUAAUAGUAAUGGGUGGUGGAUUAGUAGUUAGUGAUGACAUUAGGAUGUCUGUGGCACUUGGUAAUGGUGAGGGUGGUUUUCAAACUAUUCAAUUCAAAGUUGAUACUACAAAAGAUGAAACAAUCAUUAGUGAAAAUAUUAAAUUUAAUAAACCAACAAGUCAAUUAAUAAAUUUUGAAAUUAAAGAUAAAAAUGAAAAUAAUGAAACUAAACAUACAAAUAAAAACAAAGAUAACCAUGAUGAUGAUGAUGAAAGCGACCAUAGUGAUGAUGACCACCAUGAUGACGACGACAAUGAUAAAGAUAGUCAAGGAAUUAAUGAUAAAGGAAUACUAACUGAAGAAGAAAUGUUAGAAUUUCAAUAUCAUUUUAAUGAAUUAUCACAUUAUGAUGGGGCAAGAAAUCAAUUUUCACCACAGUUCAUUCAAUCAUUAAAAAAGAAUAAGAUUGUAAUUGAUAAAGUAUCAUGUGGUAAAUUUCAUACAUUAGCAACCCCUUCAAAGAUUCAAUUAAUAGCACCAAUUGAAUCAUUACAACAAUAUUGUAUUAAAUAUAUUUCAGAGAAUAUAAUUAAUAACAUGGAAACUGAUACAUCUUUUCCAGAUAUAAAUACUUUACCAAUUAAUACAGUUUUAAAAAUUGAUAGUCAUUUAACUUUAAAUAGAAAUCAUUCUGAUCGUUCUCAAAGAUUAAUGUCUUAUUUAAAAUCAAGUUUUAAACAAAAUAUUAAUAAUAAUAAUAAUAAUAACAAUUCAACUACAGUUAAUUCACCAAAAUCAACCAAAUAUGAAUGGGAUCAAUAUUUAGAAAAUUAUUCAAAAGAAUUUGAAGCAAAUGCAAUCGUUACAUUAAACAAUAUAGAGAUAUUAACAAAAACAAAAGGAUUUGAAAUUUCACUUGAAACAAUAAAUGCUAUCAUUAAUGGUUUUAUAGAAUUCAGUCAAUAUAUUGAACAAACUUCCACUCAAGUUGCUAAUAGUGAAAAUGAAAAUGAAAAUGAAAUUGAAAUGAAAAUGAAAAUGAAAAAAAAUGAAAUGAAAAUGAAAAUGAAGAUGAAAUGA